AUGGCGAUGAAGACGAAUGCGUUUGUGAGACAACUAGCAUCCAAUAAGAGACAGGUGAGGGAGAAUGCGCUUUCCACCUUGAAGAAAUUCUUGUCUCAUGAGGAGAAGGCCAAGAAGCUCGAUAGUAACGACCUCAAGAAGUUAUGGAAGGGUUUGUUUUACACCAUGUGGUUCUGCGAUAGGCCACUGCCGCAGCAGAGACUUGCAAACUCGUUGGCGAGUCUCUUCAGCGAAGAUAUAGUUGAUGAGAAGUUUUGCGACUUUGUUGAAGCGUUUUGGAGCAUUAUGAUGAAGGAGUGGAAAGAGCUUGAUAAGUGGAGGCUGGACAAGUAUCUGAUGUUGAUGAGGUAUGUCGUCAGAGAGUGUCUUGUGAGGUUGAGACAGAACAAGUGGGACGAACAAGCCGUUGAGACGUAUUUGAGCUGUUUGAAGAAGGUCGUUCUAAAGGAUGACGUCAAGGCCUCACGUGCCAUUACUUACCAUAUUAUCGAUGUGUGGGUGGACGAGUUAGAACGGGUGAUAUUUGGCGAUGACGAUGACGAUGACGAUGACGAUGACGACAACGACAACGACGAUACGCAUACAAGUGAACAACGGGUCAAGCUGAGAAAGGAGAUACUUGAGCAGGAAAAUGUUCCAAUGGACGUCCUGCUAGCUCCCUUCAAGGAGCUAGCUACUCGUGGCCACAGCGAGGCACUCGUCAAGAGGGUACGACUCGAAGUUCUAAGGGACGAACGUCUCGUUGAAUUGGACAUUGACUUGUCUGUCCAGGGAGACCACAAGCAUACACAGGCGGACGGUUCCGAUUCUGCAGAAGAAGAAGAAGAAGAAGAGGAAGAAGAAGAAGAAUGGAAAGGAUUUGGCAACUGA